UUGGUCUUUGAUCUUGUUUGAGAUUCGAACGCAGUGGUUGCAGCAAAUCAGUUCAGCAAUAGAGUACCUGUGAACAGGAUGCAUCAGAGCAGCCUGAGCAGACCAGUCUCCUUUGGCUAGCCUUUCAAGUCUGGCCCUUCUUCAAAAUCAGGCCCCAAAAAAGGAAAUAAAUGACUGGCUGCGUGCAGGAUGUUCACUGCACCCCGACUCUCUCUGGCGCUCCCCGGACGGCCGCCUGGUGGUGCCUAGAGAGCUUUUGCCACAUCCUGCUCAUUUAACCCACUCUGUGGCCCAUACGAACAAAGGGGGGAUGAUUGCUAUAGUACAAAGAAAUUGGUUUGCCCCAAAUUUUCCUUCCAUGCCACAACAGUACUGUAGCUCCUGUCCCAUCUGUUUAGCUCACAACACUGGGCAACGGGUAUAAACAACACCCGCAGCCCAUCGCCCUCCAUGGGGAUCGUUUGUGAAUCUGCAAAUUGAUUUCGUGCAGCUACCUAAGUGCUGUUCUUAUGAGUACAUUCGUGUUAUUAUUGAUGUGUUCUCUGGAUGGGUAGAAGCCUACCCGUGCAUACAUGCUGAUUCCAUCACUGUAGCAAAAAAAUUGCUCAAAGAAUUCAUCCCUAGAUUUGGAUCGCCCCUCACAAUAGAUAGCGACUGAGGCACCCAUUUCACAGAACAAACAGUAAAAAACAUCUGCCAAGCACUCAACAUACAGCAACACCUACACUGUAGUUAUCAUCCACAAUCAAGUGGUGCUGUAGAACGUAAGAACUCUGAUUUGAAAACGCGCAUUUCGAAGAUUUGUGCUGAAACAGGCCUCAAAUGGCCUGAUGCACUGCCAAUUGCUCUUAUGCACAUUAGGAACACUGUUAACAGAAAACAUGGCCUAACCCCUUAUGAAAUACUCAUGGCAUGACCCAUGAGGAUGCCAGCUACACCACCUGUUGCCCCACACCAAACAGACCUACAAUUAACUGAUGAAACUGUACUAAAUUAUUGCAAGACAUUAAUGAAGUAUGCCAGGUCUGUUCAUUCACAGGUCCAAGAAGCCUUACCUCAACCACUGGAUGUUCCCUGUCACAACCUCAAACCAGGAGAUUGGGUCUAUGUAAAGGUCUAUCAACGGAAAAACACACUUCAACCCAGAUGGAAGGGACCUUUCCAGGUACCACUAAUUCUGCUGUUCAUUGCCAAGGUCACCAAACGUGGACUCACGCCUCGCACUACAAGGAGGGAUCACCUCCAUUGGACCCCGAAGCAGCUGAAUUCCAACCAAGGUUGGGAUCUUUCCCUGAGGCAAAGGACAAAGACCCUCAGGACCUCACUCAGGCAAGUGAGGCACAUCAGGGUGCAAGUGCUAGUAACCUCUCCCCUGAACCCAACACCUCAGCCCAGCCGGAUUCAUCAGUUGAAGAACGAAGGUAUCAUCUCCAGCCUCGAAGAAAGUGAAUGCUCCCAUUCAGAAGAUCACCACCUCGAUCAAGACCAAGAGCUGACGUUAUCAGUCCUUUAGGUAACCUGAGCCUGAGAAUGAAGAAAGACUUUGGCUGCCAUCCUGGGUUUAGCUGGUAGUGUUCUUUUUCUUACUGGCGCCGGUUAUGUUUGUUGUUGAAAUUCUUUGUCCCUCCUGUCUCUAAAAUGGUACUGAUAUCCUUAUACAUCACACUUGGGUAUCUCAGUAUCACCCAAGGGGGGUGAGAGAAAAAUUUGUACUUGCAGAUCUCCCUUACGGUGGCUCAAGCUGGAAAUAAAAAUGACUGCUGGAUAUGCUCUCACAACCCAGCGCACCUACACCAAGGAAUCCCAAUGAUCGGAGUACCAAUAUCCCUCCAGCAAUGGGGAAAAAUAAACGGCGGCUUCGUUAGACCGUACUCGUUAGCUGCCCAUCAGUCUGCUCCUAAGGAAUGGAGGGCCGCCCCUGCUAACUGGAUAAUCCCCCCAAGAGUAGAGGCGCCUUUCUGUUACAGAUCCAACAACACCAGAGCUUAUAAUAAAGCCACACCUGUAGGACACUACCCUCAUUGCCUAACUACUCUAGACUAUAGCCCUAAUAGCACAAGUGGAAUCCUGUUGGGUAAAGUACCCUCUCUCAAUUGUACAGGAUUCGUGGUCUACAACUUUUCUAAGGAACCUCAUGUUGCUCUCAUUGCAAACAGAUCAGAAUUUUACAUUCACUCCAAUUUUACUUCUUGUAAUAUAUCUCGGUCCAGCAGGAUAGCAGCUGAACAUGGUCCGUCCUAUACGAUGCAUGUCAUUCGAAAGUGCCGGAUAUGGCACAACACCUGUUCAGAUUUGAGUACCCUUUCUGCCCCAGGCCUUUACUGGCUCUGCGGAAACAGGGCUUAUAAAAUCUUUCCCUGGAAUUGGGUGGGGGCAUGCACUCUUGGACGCGUUAUCCCUGGUUUCGAAAUGCAUAGUGCAAUAUAUCUGGAACAAGUAAAAAAUUUCAACCAUCACAUGAAAAGGGCGGUUAACCCCUUAGCUACCAGAAACACAGGGUUCCAUCAAUUUGUGAGAACCUUCAUACUGUGGCUUGGAGUAAGAGAAUUGGAACUAGCCAUAAUUAACAUUUCAGCCACAGUGGAAGCUAUGGAAAAUGCCACUGCGGAUGCAAUUCAGGCUCUUCAAGAAGAGAUCUCCCAGAUCUCACAAGUAACUAUACAACACCACAUAGCCCUAGAUUACCUAUUGGUAUCCCAGGGAGGAGUAUGUGCCUUAGUAAACUCCACCUGUUGUGUCUAUGUCAAUCAGGACAUGCGAAUAGAAACCGACAUUCAUAAAAUUCAAAAUCAGUUAAGCAUCCUACAUCAAGUGGCCUCAAAAAAUACUGACUGGGGUCUAGAAGAAAUGUGGUCUUGGCUAACCUCCUGGCUCCCAGAUUUCGGGACCCUUGGCAAGAAAAUCCUGUAUGGAAUAUUGUUUGUCUUGAUAGUUCUGACAACGUUUUAUGUCUUAGUGCAACUGAUCCUCUGCUGCGUAAAAGCCUGCAGGAGAAGCUUUAGCAAGGCAAGAAAACCCACGGCAGAGUCUAGAAUAAUGGUGUUACAAAAGUGUGAGCAGAUUGAAAGAAAACAUGAAAGGCUGCAUGAUGAAAUAGAGGGACUCAUGAGAAUGGAAGUUUAAGGCUAAAGUGAGACUAAAUAGUCUCAAAGGGGGAGACUGUGGAAUCAGAAAAAAUGAAUGCCUUAAACUUGGAUCAUUUGAGUUAUAAGAUGACAUAACCGCUUUGUGGAGAAUUGCUGGCUCUGUACAGUAGAACAGAUAAGGGAAAGUGUUUGUUCUUUGUAACUCCUCUGCAACUGCUUCACUCACCGCGGCCUUGAAGAUAGCAAAAAGUAUGUACAACUCUGAUUUCCAGGUGCAAGAAGGAGGUUUGUGAACUAAACUCGCCUCCCCCAUAAGUUCCCAUCCUGAUUACAGCAAAGAAGUAAUGAAGUAAUGUUAUAGCUGCUUUUCAUGCUAAUUUCACUAUAUGAUCACGUGAGUUGUAAGUGACUGUUAAAAAGUAUAUAAGUCUCCUGAUUUUGCUCUUGGAGCAGGAACCCCUUCCAAGUGCUUGGGAGAUCCAUGUCACUUUGGAAUCCCCCCUACAGCUGUAGUUUCUUUUGAAUAAAAGCUUCUGUUG